AUGCCAAGUCGGGGUGCGAAAUCCGGAGAUAAAGGUGGGAAAGGAAGUGGUAAAGGAGAUAAACAGGAAGCCAAGGAUAGUGAAGUGGUUAGUGGCAAAGUGACCGGUGCUAAUGGAAGUGACGAUGUGGUGGUGGUGGAUGAGCCGGAGAAAACCGUCGAGGGAUACACCUGCAAGUGCUGUAGAGAACUAGAUACGGACGACAUGGUGCAGUGUGAUAGGUGCGACGGAUGGUAUCACUACGAGUGUGUUGGAGUUACGGAUGAGGUUGUCGACCAAAGCUGGAGCUGUGCCAACUGCAAGACUGCAACCUGGAACCAGCGGUCGAAAUCAAUGUCAGAUAGGGAACCAGCACCUGAAAGUACCAGCAAAGAGCGCCGAUCAAAACGUGAUGUACCCAAGAAGGACGUUUCUACCAAUAUGCCAGUUAAUCAAUUGAACGAAAAGUUGGAUCUACCGAAAACAUCAGGAUCAUCUUCAAGGACACAAAGACCUACAAAGAAACUUUUCGUUCCAUCGGUGGACGGAUUACCUAUUAUUGAGUUAGAGGAAGCACGGUCUGAAGUUUCUUGUUCGUCAUCACAGCGGUCCGCUCGUAAUCGUGCUAAGUUACAGCUACAGCGACUAGAAGAAGAACGAGUUUUUGAACAACAGCAAGCAGAUCAACAGCGGUUGAGGGAACAGCAAGAAGCGGAGAAGCAUAAAUCCUUCAUGGACAGGAAGUAUAAACUAUUGCAAGCGAAAGAGGAUCAAGUCAGGGCUCCAGCAGUGUAUACUCUCAGAGACGCUUGCAGAAUUGGGUAG